AUGAAAUUUAUUAGUGUUUUAAUCAUUCUAAUUUUCAAUUCGACAUUAUGGAGUUUAAUUAAUUCUGUUAAAAAUAAUAAAAAUCAAAACGAGUUAAAUAUAGUUGAGCAACCCUCAAAGGAUUUGAGUAAAGUAUUAAAUGAUGGGGCUGAAUCAUCAACUAAUCCUCUAAAUCAAAAAUAUAAAGAAAUAUUAAAAUUUAAGCCUAAAAUUACUAAAAAUGAUAAAACUGAAAAUAAUUAUAACGAAAAAAGGUUACAUAGAAAAGAAUAUCUUAAAAAUUACUAUCAGAAGAAUAGAGAAGCUAGGCAAGAAUACAAGAGAAUUUAUUACCGAAAUAACCAGGAAAAGAUGCGAGGAUCUUCUCGAAAAUACUACCAUAAUAAUAAGGAAAAGAAACUUGAAAGUAUGCGAAAAUACCGACUAAGAAAGAAAAAUGAUAUUCAACAAAAUGAUUGUUUAAAAUUAAUCAAAAUUCAAUCUCAUAAUAAUGAAGGAACUUCUUCUGAUAAUCAACAGUAUAAUAAUUAUGGCGCUGGUCUAGUUUAUGCGUCCAAUGAAACUUUAUGA